CGUGUUCCUUUCUUACAUUACGGAUCUCGUUGCUUCCGACAAGGUCUUGUAAUAGAUCAGCACCCUGACCGAUAUUCUAUUCCAAGAAAAGAUUGCACGCAUCCUAGCAACACCGGCAAGGCUCACAUCCACUUCACAUUCGUGAUAUAACAUCAUCGCCGUCUCGUCCACUGGAUCGACAUUACACAACAUCCAACACCCGGCAACCAGUACCAAGCACUCGAUCCAUAUUACCGCCAAGAUAACACAAGUCGAUAAUCGAACAUGAUCUUCACUACCACUCUCGGCCUUGUCUUGGCUCUGGCCCCGACUGCCCUCUUCGCUGCUCCAACACAGACUGUCGACUCGAUAGCAGCACUCGUCCCGAGACAGCAUCUGGCGGGGCUGCCAGCGGCUUUGUACGACGAGUUGAGGAAGACAGACUCACUAUGUGAUCUGUCAAAUGUUGCACUGCCUGCUGCACCCACACCUCUCGCUGCCCCAGCGCAAGGCACCACUCUCCGCCACAUCGCUAUAGGUCGCGGCACCCAAAACUACACUUGUGCUUCAUCUUCGUCUUCCGAUGUGCCCAAAGCUGUGGGCGCUGUAGCCACGCUCUUCAAUGCAACCUGCGAUGCCGCCCGUCUCAACGUCAACACACUCGCCGAGGUAACCACGCUCGCACUUGACUAUGCCAUUCCAAACUCCGCCGAAGCAGAGCAGCGGAUAUCAGGCCACCACCAGUUCACUGCCGCUGGUGUCCCUCUCUUCAUGCUGGAAACCGACAAAGUUAACUACGGCCGCGUCGAGUGCAAGGUCGACAGCAAGAGCGCCGCACCCCAGGCCGCAGCCAAGGGUACCAACGGACUUGGAAGCGUCCCAUGGCUGAAGCUGAACGCCACCGUCACUAGCGAAGGCACUGACCCCUGGGCUUACAACGAGGUCUACAGGAUACAUACCGCUGGAGGCAUGGCACCCAAGGACUGCAGUGGAAUCGAGGGAAGCUUUACCGUUGAGUACAGCGCGCAGUACUGGUUCUAUGCAUAAGCAAUAAUGGCUUAGCUGCGGUUGUCAAUUGUCCUUCUUCUUCCCCUUGUACAGAGCAUUUUCAUCGGCGUUCAGGGCGCAGAGUACCGGUUCAGCGUUCUGGUAAAGCAUACAAGCCUACGGGCUUUGGUAGAUAGCACUACUUUUCUCACGAUGUCUGUCAAGCCUAUAGAUGGCGACAGCAAUCGUAAUAUUCAAUCGCAAAAAUUUUUCCUCAUUAUCUUGAUUAUGCUCGACUGAGGUCUUCUUUCAACUGUC